AUGGCUCUGCCCGCCCUGCACACACGCAUGACUCCGCUGCUCGACUCGCUGCGGCUCGCACCUUAUGGCAGGACGCAGAGGCAACAAGCUAGCAGCCGCGCUGGAUCACCUCAUCACUGCCUUGGGGAGCUCCCGCAGCCGCAGGCGAGACAACAGAAGCCGAAGCACAAGCAUCGAUCACUGCAACACGUGCAGUGCUACAAGUGCCAGCAGUUGGGGCAUGUGGCGGGUGUCUGCCGGAACGCAGUCGCGUGUUUAAAAUGCGCGGCGGCACACGACACCCGUAACUGCCCCAAACCACGCGGAGCACCCAGCAGAUGCGCGAACUGUGGCGGACCUCACGCCGCCAACUCGCGUAGCUGCAGCUACCGUCGGCAGCACACCACAGCAAGUUCUGAGGUGCCUGCCGCCAAGUCGGCCGCACUGCCUCCCCGCUCCGGCGAGGGGCGCGCUUCGUGCCGCGUCGAAGCGGCAACCGACCAAGCGCUGGCCGACCUGCAAGCAGCCAUCGCGGCCGAAAGGGCCGCAACCAGGGACGAACUAGUGGCUGUCCACCAACAGCUUCAACAGCUGCGGGAGGAGCUGUGGCUUCUCAAGAAGGCGCCGCCUGUGCCAGCUCCCCCCGCCCCUGUGAGGCAGCCAUUGGGGUAG